UUCCACCCAGUUCACUCUGAGCCAGCGCAGCAGUCAUGAUGCGGCUUCUUUUCCUGCUUUUCGGAUUUCUCGUCGCCUUGACCAAUUGCGAGUGGAUCCAACUGCCGCAGGUCAACACUGCCAAUGUCGACCUCAACCCUCAGCCCUCGAAGACCAGCAAAUCGGACCAGACCCCAUUCUCCAAUUUGACAAUCGACCCCUACUAUAUUUCAAGUCUGCAGACCUUGCACCAACAGCUUCGAGACUCGAUCUGGUUGAAAAAGGAAGAGCCGAGAACCAUGCAGGAAAAAAUCACUUAUUUGAACUUGCUCAAAAACAGGAUGCUUCGGUUCAUAGCUGAAAAAUUGGUCUCCUUGAAUAUUGAGGGCAAGAGGUCGAGUAGGAGAAGAUUUGCUCGAGAUCCAGGCUGGAGCCAAUCAAGUGGCAACGAUAUUGGGUUCCCCUCUUUGGAAGUGGCCCUUUUAACCCUUUCAUUUUUAGUGUUUGCAGUUUUCGUUGUAAACAUGGUUCUUGUCUUGUUUUCAAAUAUUUUUGGAACAACAACAACCACGGGAACCGGAACAACAGCCGGAGCAUUGGGAAGACGCAGACGUAGUUUGGGCGGAUCUGACAGUGAAGAGAAAUUUGACGAAGCAGCUAGAAUUUUGAAAGCUUUGGAAGAAUUUCCAUUUAAACGCGACAACUCUCUUAACCAUCACUGUAGUGUUGAUGACUUUGGUGGUUGCGGAGGUUCAGAAACACCUAUUCCUCAAAUUGCAAGGUUUUUACUGAAAAUGAAACUGUGAAAAAAUUGAAUUUCGAAUAGAUGCCUAAUUGUUAUUUAUUUGGUGCUGGUCAGGGGUUACAACGGACGUAAGACUUCACAAUGAGUCUUUUGUAAAACUGAGACUUUUCGGAAAUUUUUCUUUGUCUUUCGUGGUUUGUGAUUUGAAUAAAUUAUUUUAAAUUAAG